AUGGCAAUUGACGACCUCGCCACCCUCGAUGCCUCGAAGGAGAACUGGACUAUUGUUGCAAAGGGUUGUAAGAUUCACGCUUCGGUUAGAAAGAUUCUUAUAUACCGAUUUCAGAAUGAGAAGGAUGGGGAAAAGCAGAAGAGAAUUACUAUCCAACUUGAACAAGAUGGGGUUCGGGUUGAAUGCGCCUUUUUUGGCAAGUAUGUUGCUGAAGUCGUAGGUUAUCUUGCAUCGGGAGAUGCAACAAAUGUUGUUGUGAUUGUGCAAUGUGCAAAGAUCAAGCCCUUUAAAGGUAAGACAAGUCUCCAAAAUGUUUAUGGGGCUACAAGGGUUCUUUUUAAUCCUCUCAUCCAAGAAGUUGCCCCUCUCCGAGCUCGAUUCUUAGAAUCAAAUGAUACUGCAGCACAUGUGAUUAGCCCGCUGCAGGAUUCGGCAAAAAAAUCUACCCCUGAAGAUGAUUUCCUAAAACAUAGUGAUGGAAAACCAUUGGGAAACUCAAAGAUGUUGCUGAGGGUAUGGAUUGGUGUUACCCUGCGUGAAAAUGUAGCAAGAAGGUAUAUCUUUCUGACAGAAUGUAUUUCUGUGAGCCAUGAGGCUACUACACUUCUAGGCAAAUCUUGUGCAGAUUUGCUUGAAACUACUGGUUCUGAUCCUUUAACAAUUUCCAUGGAAAUUUUGAAUUUGAUUGACAGAACCUUUUUAUUCAAGAUUGAAGUCGCAAAUAGUUUCCAUUCUAAGUUUGAGAAAUCAUACCAUGUCAAAAAACUUUGUGUUGAUAAAAAAAUUAUUAAUCAAUUAUGA